AUGGGCGCCUCCGAGGCGCGCCUGCGGAGGUCCACUAUUGCUGAUUCCAUAGCGGUCUAUGGCAGUAUACAAGGAGAAGAUUCAGUUAUCUUUGGGUUGCGUGAUGAAGAUUCCAAGAAACCAAGGCACAUCUGGGGUUGUCCUCCAAAAGGCAUUGUAGCCGGUGCAAUCACAAAUGUGGCAGCGGCAGCUCUGGUCUGGGCUGUGGUCUGGUCUAUGACGCACCAUGAGAGUCUUCCUGGUGGAAACUUCUUCGGACUUUUGUUCCUUUUCUUUUCCGCUGUACUUGGUGGUAAAGUCGUGGGGAGCAUUAAAUUACCCGGCAUGCCCCCACUCCCACGUCUUUUCGGAAUGCUGUUUGCUGGGUUUCUCAUCAGGAACAUCCCACUCACCAGUGACUUAGUGAAGAUCAAUGUAAAAUGGUCAGCCAAUCUGAGGAAUGUGGCCCUCUCUAUUAUCUUGGCCCUUGCUGGGCUUGGCAUUGACCCACAGGCUCUGAAUAAGUUAAAAUUUGUCUGUUUCCGGCUGACCAUUGGGCCCUGUGUCACUGAAGCAUGUACGGCAGCUGUCAUGUCUCAUUAUUUCAUGCACUUGCCAUGGGCAUGGGGAUUUAUGUUAGGAUUUGUUCUAGGUGCUGUGUCUCCUGCCAUUGUUGUCCUGUCGCUGCUGAUGCUGCAAGCACAAGGAUACGGGGUGGAAAAGGGCAUCCCAACCUUGGUCAUAGCGUCUGGCAGUUUGGAUGAUAUCGUGGCCAUCACAGGCUUCAACGUCUUCUUGGGCAUGGCCUUCUCCAAAGGCUCCACCUUUCACAGUCUACUCCAUGGUGUGCUACAGGUUUUGUUUGGUGCAGCGGCUGGGUGCAUUCUGGGACUUUUCCUUUGGUACUUUCCAAGCAAAGAUCAGACAUUUCUUGUUUGGAAGAGAGCAUUCUUUGUGAUGGGCCUGUCUGUGCUUGCCAUUUUGGGCAGCAAACACUUUGGCUUCCCUGGAUCCGGAGGGCUCUGCACAAUCGUCUUGUCUUUUUUGGGUGGUUUGGCCUGGUCAGAUGAGAAGAGCGAAGUAGAAAAAAUUGUUGCAGCUGCCUGGGAGAUUGUCCAGCCUUUUCUUUUUUCUUUAAUUGGAGCUGAAAUAGCUAUUGUUUCCAUCGGCGCUAUAAAAGUUGCGAUUUGUUUGGCGACAAUGGGUGCUGCGUUACUAGCCCGGAUGACUGCUGCAUUCUUUCUUGUGUCUUGCGCUGGUUUUGAUUUCAAGGAGAAACUGUUUAUUGCAUUGGCGUGGAUCCCCAAAGCAACUGUCCAGGCUGCAAUUGGUUCCGUUGCCUUGGAUACAGCACGAGAUAAUCCUGAUCCAAGCCUAGAAGAAUAUGGUCUGAAUAUCUUGACAGUAGCCUUCUUGGCAAUCCUGAUCACAGCUCCAACUGGAGCUUUACUUAUUGGCCUGACAGGGCCCAGACUUCUCCAGAAGGCCAAUCUAGACAAUGAAGAUGAUUAUGGACACGAAAAAGAAAAAGCAGUGGUAACAUCUAGUCCAGCAUAG